AUGGCGGGAGACGAGGCCCGGCAGUAUGAGCAUCUUCGAGAUGCGGGUGUCGCCGCCACCCCCAUCUAUGGCGCCAACCCGUAUGCGCCACAUCGUACCACGAUGCAUCACGACCUCGAUGCCACCUUCGACUGGAACUUUGACGCCAUCGCAAGUGGCAGUGGCACUGACAACUGGAGGGCGGCGAACGACGUGAGACAAUUCACACCUUCGCCAGACGAGCCACAAAGUUCCCAGCCCCUCCUCGACGCGGAAUCCCGAAGAGACCCGGAGGAACUGCUACGAUAUGGGUCUCAAGAGCCACUACCCCACGGGCUGUAUCUCCCCCCCUCCUCUUCCAUCCCACCACCGCUCACUACCAGCUAUCAGCUGGACACUCCUCACUUUUUGCCGUCCGCGCAACCGCUUUCAUACCAUCACGUCUCCCCUCCUGCCCAUACGUUGCGCGCUCCUCUCCCCCAGAACCUGCUGACCCCUCCUCCGGAUUAUCUCCCCAUGGCUGAGUUUCACACCCCUACCCCGUACCUCCAGCCGGCAUAUGAAACAUCGUCCCAGCCAUGGCCUCCCCUCCAUAUACCAUCCACUAGCACCGAAAGCCACUGGAUGCCACUCGCUUCCACGGGGGCCCAAUCAUUCCUCCACCCGUUCACAGCACCCACGUUUGCGAACACACCCUCCUCUGGUCCCACGAUCCCGCCGACAUGGUACUCCCAGGGACCAUACGCACACCCGUCGCUGGCACCCCCGACCCCCAAUGUCUCCGCUGCUGGCCCUUCUCGCGUUCGGAGACCCCACAAGCGAGUACAGCCAUAUCAUCGAGAUGAGGUUAACUACGCACCUCCAGCGUCAUUUCCCGACUUCCUCGUCGCCGGCCCCUCUUCCCAGUUCCAGGAACCCCCUGUCGCUGGUCCCUCACGGCCCCGACAACCACGCCACCGACGCCGAUCACCCCCGGCCCCCUCGCUCCCUCCCCCUUCUCCAUACCCAUCAAAUCCCCGUCUAUCAUACCCGUCGCCGCCCUUCCCCACUCCCCCUCCGCUUUGUACACCUCCCUCCCCGAUGCACGCACUCGCCUUCAAUCAGGGCCAGAAGAGAAAGCGACAGCGGGCAGAUGACGAAGACGAAGACGAGGUGCAGCGCCCAUGGAGGAGGAAACAGGGCCCUUCACGUCCAGAGCAAAGCUCUACGACGUGCCAGCCGGAGGACGACCUCCAACUUCAUGCCGCCCCCAAACGUGUCAAACGUAGGGUGGCGGGACCACGGAAGGCGUCAACCAGCUCAACGCCAGCGCCGAAGCGAGACCAGCCAAAAGGGAAACCAGAGGCCGUGAAGAACCGAGACAUGUUGGCACCGCCAGAAGCCAUCGAGGCUUCCGGGACGGAGCCGACUGGCCCGCGUUCAUAGAGGAGCAUGCGCUACAAGACUGUCACCUUCUUCACUAUUGCGAUAUUUGCGACGUAGAGCGCAAAGCGUCCAUGCGAUUGGAUGCCCUCAUCCGUCAUAGAAGAGAUUCUCAAAACCACUUGGAUAAGGUCGCUGCCGGCGGCCAAAGUGCUUAGCGCUGAGUAGGCGGCUCGCGGAUGCAGGUCUCUGUCGCGGCCAGUAGUCGGAGGAGUGGGGCAGGACGAGUAGAGAUGAGCGAUUGAACGAACAAACAACAUACCCACUCUGAUUUAUACCCCUCUCGCGCCCCACCUCAGCACACGCUCCCUUGUUCUUGACCUGGACGAUGGAGAUCAUUUGCCCCAUCCGCUACUGGCUCCGUCGCGGUGGCGGUUUCCAUCCUGGACAGAAUGAGGAGACUCGACGUGGGGCCCUUGUUCCAAAACUAGAAUCACUUACGUUCUCGCCUUUUACCCAGCAACGCCACGCUUCUCCCAACCAUGGACAUCUUUUUUCACCUCUGACGUUUCCUCUGUCAACCUCAUUCAAUUUUUCCUUUGUUCUUUUCCCUUGUUCUUACCGUGCGUUUCCGUGCACCUAUACCUACCUACACGCCUUGUACAAUUCUUAGAUGAUUAGAAGAUUUCAUUACUGCUACUUUGCUCCGGACUCUGUUUUACUCUGCUCCACUGAUGAUCGAACGAAUCAUACUGGAUUUCUCGAC